CACCAGGUCUAAGAACUCUGCGAUUGAUUAACACAAGGCGAUUUUGUUCUGAGCAAAGGGUCGAAGCUGGCAAGCAAACAGCUCUGAUGCUAGUCAGAGAUAUUUUGAAUCUUAGUUGAAACACGCAACGUGAGCACACCCCAGUCCGAGGCCAGAAUGCGCCUUUGCGAGAAACACGUUUCAUAGUUAGAGUUCGUGUAUCUGGCAUUGUUGCGGACUUUUCUUGUCAAGCGGUGGUUGGCCGAUUUCGCUGUUCUCUUGGAACUGCUUCUGUUUCACCAUGUUCCUAUCAAAUGAUCAGAUCGUGCGCCAAGAGAUCGCAACACUCUUUAGUACUCGGCUUUCAAUUUGCAUGUGCAUAGCUUAAAUAACUUGAAUUUUGGAACUCCGAUGGAUGGCGGGAGAACAAAGUAGAUUUCAACUUGUGAAGGGCCUCGGUCAUAAUUGUUGUGUUGUUGUCAGAUGCUCUAGCCGAGCCGAGCUGUCUCAAUCCUCCACGAAUGACAUCAAGCUUCGAAGCAGAACAUAAACUUUGCGCACGAUAUGAUUACUUCUGCGAAGUUUGCUGUGAAGAUCAUCGCAUACGCCAGGGAUUGAGCUCCAGGAUACCCAUUCAAACGACUACGAGUUACUUUGCUCAUCGUUCGUGACAGCACUGACAAUGUAAAUUGACAAAGAUCGUACUUGUCUACCACGCUCCACCGACAGAGUACCUGCGUUCCGUCGACGGAGACUUAUUGCUUCAACAGGUCCUUCGUUUGUUCCAUGAUAUUGGUCUUGACAUCGGAGGAACAUGACAGAAUAGAAAAGUUCUUGAUGUGCCGAGUGGAACUUCUCAAGUUUCGUGCACGGCCACUAAUUUUCUCCAUGUUUUUGGAGAUCCGUCCCCGUCGAACAAGCAAUUUUAUCCUUGUAUGCGAGAUGAUCUUCGGCAGCUGUCCGUUCAGAUUCUAGGAUGAUGCGCGUCGAGGAUGUUUCAACAGAUCAUGCGAGCCCCUACUCAAAAAUGUGGCGGAGUUGGAGACAUCCAGUGGCACGGCGCACAUAGUCGCAAAGAGUUUUCCAGAUGGAGCUGUUUCUAAAAUGUGGGCUGCGACAGCCGAACCUGAUACCACUCCGGGAGUAACAAGUAAUAUUAGUUCAGGGAUACUAGAAAGAGCCUCGGAUUGUAGUCCCCGGUCAACUUAGCUCACCUAGGAUAUCUUCUGGCGAUGUCAGCAGUCUGUUGCUCCAAAACUAUCUUGCAAACAUAUGAACAACCUCAAUCUUCUGCCAUUGUUGGAGCGACUGCAUCUUACCCCUCGCCUCUCAGUGCGACAGAACCUAUGAUUAAAGCAAGCAUGCAUAUCAAGACUCCGUCCAUUGGUGGUGGGAGAUUCCGGAAGCAAAGCAAACGAGCAGCUCCACUGUACAUUGCAUGCGCCCUUCUCCUUCUACUAUACACUCAAAUCGACCAUUUCGAGCGAUUUCAACACACUCCUGGCGAGGUACUGAAGCGUGUUCUGGCAUAUCAGCAACCAAUUGUUCGCGCCGAGCAUACCAGAUUUCCAAAAAAGAUAUGGCAAACUUGGAAAACCGACCCACUGGAGUUUGAACAGAGGGAAUCUGAGCGAGCCAGAACCUGGCCACAAUUCAAUCCUGGUUAUCGAUACGAAGUCCUGACCGACAACAACGACCUGGACUAUGUUGAGACUCACUUUGGCCGCGAUGGUGUAAUCUAUCGUCCAGAUAUUAUUGAGACAUAUCGAACUCUGAACGCAACAAUUAUCAAAGCCGACCUUUUGCGAUAUCUGGUCAUGUACGCGGAGGGAGGAGUCUAUGCAGACAUCGAUGUUGAGAAUCUCAGAGCUGUCAAUACUUGGAUUCCACCGCAGUUCAACGAAAGCGAUGUCGAUCUUGUAAUCAGCGUUGAGAUCGAUGAGCCUUCGUUCGUCAACCACACAAUUCUUGGCCCAAAAUCCCAGUCUUUCUGCCAGUGGACCUUCAUGACCAAGCCAAGACACCCGGUAAUGAUGCGACUCAUCGAGCAUGUUCUACACUGGUUGAACGAAGUUGCCCAGAAACAGGCGGUACCAAUUUCGGACAUCAAACUCAACUUCGACGAAGUGAUCACCGGUACAGGUCCAUCAGCAUUUACCACCGCGGUUUUGGCAGAAAUGGCUGCACAAACCCAUCGCCGACUAUACUGGGACACAUUUCACGCUCUCACGCAGCCUGUACUUGUCGGUAAUAUCCUCGUCCUCACAGUCGACUCUUUCGCAGCAGGUCAAGGGCAUUCGAAUUCCCUAAGUCAUGACUCUCCAAACGCCUUGGUAAAACAUCACUACCAUGCUUCACUCUGGCCAUCAAGGCAUCCUAGAUACAGCCAUCCGGCUUAUGGAAUGGUGGAAGAAUGUAACUGGGAGCCGAGCUGCGUCUGGAAUUGGACCGACAACACAGCUGCAUUUAACGGCCUGUCUUUCGAUGACAAGGUCAAAUUGAUCAAAGAGAAGGAACAGAUAGACAAGGAGAGAUACGAUGCAGAGGUGGCAGAGGAUGAGGCUGCAGCCAAAGAAGAGGCUGCGAGGCUACAAGCUGAGCUCAAGACUGAAUGCGAAGCGGCAUCCUAUGUUCACAUUGAGCAGAUCACUCAAGCACAGGCACCACCAGCGCUCAUUCAGACACAACCUUGGUGGCCAACAACCCAAAACCCAGCAGAACAGCAGCCGGGAGCUCAGCAACCGGCUAAUCAACAGCAGUCGAGUCAAGGAACGGAGUCGCAAAACACGCAACAGACAGAAAGUCAAACGCCGCCACAGGCCCAACCCCAACGAGAGCUACAGGUACAACCGCCUCCUGAGCAAGCUGCCCCAGCUACCGGUAUUGAAAGCCAACCCGAAGUGCGGAUAUGAAAGAAACGGGCGGAUAAAUUAUGACUGGAGUCGGCGCACAGGUAUUGCUACCAGGCAGUGAAGCUCCAAGAAUGUGCACAGUCAUAAACCUUGUUGGACUGUCAGGCCAUAUCCUGCUGGAGUGUGGUUUGAGUUUCAGAAGACAAGCUGGGAAUAUCUUCGAGACGACCUGUUGUAGACUUCAGCAGGCUGGAGGGUCGUGCCAGACGGAGAGCAAAGGGCAUGGGCGUUGGUGGGCGUUUCUGAAUCAUAGAUUCUGGUGUCGGUGUUUGAUAUCUUGGGAAGUCGAGAAGUGAGUGGGCUGUUGCGAUAUACCCCUGAGCUAGUCCUAAAUGAGAACUUUUAAAACCACGACAGAUGUGGAGGAACCGAUCUUGCAAAAUCUCUCUGUUGAACCAGAGAGUAAACAUGUACAAUCACGAAAAUAGCAUAAAAAGA